CUGGAUACUUGCACGGAAAAAAGCAAGCCAACCAGCAGAUGCCUAUCCUUUUUCUUCCCAUCUUCAUUUCGUCUUCCCCAAUUCCUGUACUCUCUGUUCGUUUGUGAAUUCGUGCGUUCUUUAGGCUCCCUAAAUUCGUGCAUUUCUCUUCAAGGAUUAGGAGGGUGCCUCUAGGCGAGACACUCGCCUUCCUUUAUCCGCUGCGACAGUUACUCGGUUGAUCGAUUUGAACACUGUGCUGCAGCGAUGGGUCUUAUCGCGUUCGUCCUCGACGGCAUCUGCAAGCAUUGCUCGACGCAGUCAACAUGGGUGCUUGUGGGAGUCGGACUACUGUCCAUCCUCGCUGUAUCUGUCAUUAUCAAUGUGCUGCUGCAGCUACUGUUCAAAAAUCCUCACGAGCCUCCUGUGGUCUUCCACUGGUUCCCCUUUAUUGGUAGCACCAUCAGUUAUGGCAUUGAUCCGUACAAGUUCUUUUUCGACUGCCGCGCAAAGUAUGGCGAUAUCUUCACAUUCAUUCUACUUGGCAAAAAGACAACGGUGUAUCUUGGUACGAAGGGCAAUGACUUCAUUCUAAACGGCAAGCUGCGAGAUGUUUGCGCUGAAGAGGUGUAUUCACCACUCACUACGCCUGUUUUUGGUCGACAUGUCGUGUAUGACUGCCCUAAUGCUAAGCUUAUGGAGCAGAAGAAGUUCGUCAAAUACGGUCUCACCUCUGAUGCGCUCCGAUCUUAUGUUCCCCUAAUUACGGAUGAAGUAGAGAGCUUUGUCAAAAAUUCUCCGGCCUUCCAGGGACACAAGGGCGUCUUCGAUGUAUGCAAAACAAUCGCUGAAAUCACCAUUUACACUGCUUCGCGCUCGCUUCAAGGGAGAGAAGUUCGAAGCAAAUUUGAUUCCACAUUCGCAGAGUUGUACCAUAACCUUGACAUGGGUUUCGCUCCUAUCAACUUCAUGUUACCCUGGGCCCCGCUGCCACAUAACCGCAAAAGGGAUGCUGCGCAGCGCAAAUUGACCGAAACUUAUAUGGAAAUCAUCAAAGCACGCCGUCAGACUGGCAGUAAGAAGGAUUCUGAAGACAUGGUCUGGAAUCUCAUGUCCUGCGUUUACAAGAACGGCACACCGGUUCCCGAUGAGGAAAUCGCUCAUAUGAUGAUUGCCUUGUUGAUGGCGGGUCAGCAUUCUUCCUCUUCUACUGCUUCCUGGAUUGUUCUGCGCCUUGCGACGCGGCCUGAUAUAAUGGAAGAGCUAUAUCAGGAACAAAUUCGUGUUCUCGGAUCCGAUUUGCCUCCACUCACGUAUGACAAUCUGCAGAAGCUGGAUUUGCACGCGAAGGUCAUCAAGGAGACUCUACGCUUGCAUGCACCGAUUCACUCGAUCAUUCGAGCCGUGAAGAAUCCCAUGGCUGUGGAUGGUACUUCAUAUGUGAUCCCGACAUCUCAUAAUGUUCUCUCUUCUCCAGGCGUCACUGCCAGGUCUGAGGAGCACUUCCCAAAUCCACUCGAAUGGGACCCUCACCGUUGGGAUGAGAACAUUGCAGCUAGCGCUGAGGACGAUGAGAAAGUUGAUUAUGGCUAUGGGUUAGUUAACAAGGGCACCAAUAGCCCGUACCUCCCGUUUGGUGCUGGACGGCAUAGGUGCAUUGGCGAGCAAUUUGCAUAUCUUCAGCUUGGCACAAUCACCGCUGCACUUGUGCGGUUAUUCAAAUUCCGUAAUUUGCCAGGUGUCGAUGGCGUCCCCGACACAGAUUACUCUUCUCUGUUCUCCAAACCGCUGGGCCGAUCUUUUGUGGAGUUUGAAAAGCGGGAGUCCGCUACCAAAGCCUGAUCGUGAUCACUACAUCAAUGCCUCUUCUUGAUAUGAUUGCAUGGAAGGUAAUUUCGUUAUCACUUCUGGGUAUUCUGCCAUGUUGUUUGGCAGUUUGCGGUUCCAGAACUUGUACAGCAUUUAAUCUCUGGAUGUUCAAUUUUGAAGUUCUAUACCGUAUUGAUUUCAUAACUUAGCAUAUUAUGAGGAAUAGAUAAUGUCUUUAUAAG